AUCCCAAAGGCAUGCCGCGGUGAGAAACUGGACGCAGGCACGACCCUCAAGCAGGACGAGAUCGACGCCGGCUCCCAGGCCUAUUAUAAGAUCCCCAACGCGGCCGACUUCCUGGAGUGCUGGUCCACUAUACCUGGUUACUUCUCUUGGCGCAACACAACCAAUGGUUCGUGGUUCAUUCAGUCGCUGGUGGAAGUGCUGACCCGAGACAGUGCGCAUGACGACUUACUCUCCAUGAUGACCAGUGUGAACCGUAACAUGAUUCUGAACUACCCAAGUAAGGAUAAACAGCGCAUGAGAAAAAACAAGCUGCCUACAUUGUCUCAACCCUGAUGCGAAAAGUGUACUUUACCCCAAAGUAUUGACUGGUGCAGGAACAAGAGCUGGGAGGUGCACUUGCGGCCCCCAGUACCAGGAAGAUGUCUAUGAUUGCUCAUUCAUAUGUGCCAAAGAAACCUUUCUUUUAUCACAUUCAUCGUAUAGUUUUAAGAUUUCUCAUUCAUCUCUGUUGUU